AUGAUCAAAGACACCAUUUUGAGCCAAGCAGCCCCCACCAGCGACUUUAUGACCAUCGACGCGACAGGAAACGAUGACCAAUCCUGGUGGGCACUCGCAGCCCUAACAGCAGCUGAGAAUUCUCUACCACAGUCCGGACCCAUGCCAUGGCAAAACCUCUCGCAAAACGUAUUCAACGACCAAAAGAAGCGAUGGACCGACAACCCGGGAAGAUGCAAUGGCGGUAUGCGCUGGAAAAUUGUCGAAGCCUCGGACGAAGUCGGUUACAAAUACAAAAGCGCCAUAACAAACGGUCUCUUCUUCCAACUCGCUGCCCGUCUCGGCGCCUUCAACAACGACACUGACAGUUUGGAUUGGGCCGAAAAGUCGUACAAUUGGAGCACCAGCGUCGGCCUUGUCGACAAGGACUUCAACGUCUACGACGGCACCGACGAAAAGAAUGGGUGCGCGGAUCUCAACCACAACCAGUGGAGUUACAAUGUCGGUGUUUUUCUUUACGGCAGUGCGGUCAUGGCGUCGAAUACCAAAGACAGCGUCUGGAUUGACCGCACACGCGGCUUUAUCGCCUCUGCGAACCGGACAUUUACGGAUCCCAAAACCGGCGCUUUGUUCGAAUCGAAAUGCGAAGGCCAGACGGAUCCUGCCAAUGCGUGUAAUAGCGAUCAAGUUUCCUUCAAGGGUAUUCUAGCGAGAUAUCUGGGUGCCACGGCCAAGAUACUACCAGAGGUGCAGGAGGAUGUCGAAGAGAUUAUGAAUAGGGCUGCGAAUGCGGGUCAGAUUGAUACUACGCAGCGGACGAGUAAGCCGACAACGGUGAUUGAUACUUUCAAUAAGCUGGAAGUUGCGGGUGCUAGUUUGAGGUUGCAGGGCGUAACACGGGGAUCCGGUAACUGUGGUGGAGGGGUGGAUGUACCGUACUGGGUCUUCCACGCUUAUGCCUAUGGCACUGCGUUUUGGUAUGGCUUGCGAGGCUUAUGCCGCGUAUACGACCCCAUCAUGGUCAUCGGCUGGUUCCGUCCUCCCUCGCAACUAAACCUCGCUCCCAACGACCUCGAAACCUACAACGUCCGCAACGACGGCUGGUGCCUCGUUACCCUCGCCCUUAUCCUCAUCUCGUUUACAAACGCCGUGCCGUUUGCGCCGUCUGCGAAGCGCAGCACUAUUCCCUAUGCGAAGGCUGUAGUGGCUGCCACGCUAUUUCAUCAUAUCACGACGGGGUUUGGUGCGUAUCAGCAUUAUAAGUUGCCGAGCCAUUAUAAUACUAGUAUGGGGAUUGGCGUGUGGGGAAAUGUGUGGUUGACGUUGACGGGGCUUUUUACGUUGGCUUUGUUGCAGACGGAUAAGGGGGAUAUGGAGGUUGAGGAGGCCGUCAAGAAGGUGAAAUAA